GACCCAAUUAAAAUUAUAAACAUUUAGCUUCCGGUAACUUCACUAUAUAGAGGGUCACUCAGGGUGAAACUUGGACUUUCCGUGCGGAAAGCUAGUUGUUGCCAAGCAAAGUUUUACAAUUACAGUGUAAUGAAAGACGCUAGAAGGGGCCUAUAACCAGCAGAUCUGAUUGUCCCUGAUACAAGAUGUAUCGGGUACGAGUGUGUUCGUACUGCGGCACGGACACGGUUUUCUACUGCAACAGCUGCGGAAAAGAUCUUUGUCGACCGUGCAAAGGAAAACACAUUAUAGAUUUAGACUGUGUUAACCAUGACGUGGUUCUGUAUCGUGAGAGGUACGGGUAUUUCACCUACCCAGAGUACUGCACAGAUCACAAAGACAAAGUCUAUGACCAGUGGUGUGAUGACUGUAAUACGCCGUUUUGUAAGGUGUGUUACGAAGAGAAGAAGAAGGACCAUGAGAAUCACGAUGUCCAGGAUGUUUUUACAGUUUACAAAACUUACCGAGAAAAAUACAAAGAGAUCAUCGCUAACAUCCGAUAUGAAAUACUGCCAAACAAUCGAGCCAUUUUGGCUGGGAUUGAACCAGAUAUACAAGCCUGUGAGGAAGAAAUAACCCAUUUAGAGGAAAAAAUGAAAAGAAAAGCUGAGAAAUUGAAGGCUAUGAUUGAUGAAGUCUUGGAAAAGGAUUGUCCCCAGAAGCUUCAACAGCUGGAGAAGGAAAUAACUGACAAGUUAAACAAGCAGCGUGAGGAUAUGGAGAAACAUAUAGCGUACCUACGUGAUCUUGUCUACAAGUACGAGCAUACUGCCAACAGACCAGCAGAAUUCCUUAGUUUCCUUCGAGAUAAUCCCCUCACAGACAUCCAGGACAUACCAGACAGCUGCACCGAACUCCCCAUUCUAGAUUACAAUGAGGAGGUCACCGAAGAGGAUGUUAUCAAACUGCUAGGAGAAAUCAAAAUUUCCGAGGUGGGCAUACGACAGGCACGAAAUGAGCACAUGUUGAAGCUCACAUCCGCAGUGAUUCUGCUGAGAUCAAUCACAGCCACGGGGGUUAAAUCUGCACUUCACGUUUCCUGCCUGAGUUCCACCCAAGUUUGGGUCAGUGAUAAAGGAAGUCUAGUUUUGGCUGACAUGUCAGGAACACCUGUGCACCAGGUGAAGGAUAUGAUUGAUAGAGAAUCAGGGGUACACACAGUCACAAAUGAUGGGGAGCUGAUCUAUGUCGACAAAAACUUCAACAUCAAAAGAUUAUCUCAGGACAACCGAUCAGGAACUCGUAUGGUAAAGAAAGAGGGUAACUGGGAACCACUGUGUGUCUUCUGCACACUUGAGAAAGGUGACAUCUUGGUGGGAAUGAUGAUCCACGCCGUCGGAGAGGCGAGGGUGGUGCGUUACAAUAGCAGCUGGAAGGAUAAUCAAAUUAUUCAGUACAAUGACCAAAAGCAGGCCCUCUAUCGCAUUCCAAGGUUUCUCACCGAGAAUCACAACGGAGAUGUGGUGGUAUCUAACCAUGACGAUGCCCAUGGCUCUGUGGUUGCCACCAACAGCGAUGGAAAGCACCGCUUCUCCUUCAGGGGCCACCCCUCAGAAUCAGAAUUCAGACCAGGUGGGAUAUGCGUAGAUGGGCUGGGAAAUGUUCUUGUAUGCGAUGAACACUCCAACGCCAUACAAAUGAUAGACAAGGAUGGAAGAUUUCAGAGGAACUUACUGACUGAGAAGGAUGGGAUUGCCAGACCUCGAAGCCUGGGAUACGACAACAAAGACCACGUAGUAUUAGUGGGAUCUUCCUCCAGUACAAAAGUGUCAGUGUAUCGGCACAUCAAUAGACAGGAUUACCUUGCAGUGCCUUUAAAGGGAGACGAUGACAAGAAAAAGAAGAAGAAAAAGAUGUAACAUGGCUUCACCGAAAUAAGUUAAAAAUGAACAAUCUGGUUACCAUGGCUUCACCAAAAUAAGUUUGAUACAUAGAGUAAGAUAUAAAUUUGAUACAUAGAGUGGGAAUAUGAGUGGAAAUUGACUGAGUUUUUGAAGAAUAUAUGAUUAAGUUCAGUCAAUACAAGGAAAGCUGCUGAUCAACAAAACUGAUUUAUUUAUUGAGAAAUCUUUUAGUACAUGUAUGUAUAUAGUGCAAGGCCCGGAAUAAUGAGAAACAUCUGACAUAGAAUGAAGAAAUAUAUUAAAUGUUUGUUAAUGUUACUGAAAUCUACACACAAGUGCUUAAAAGUAUUGUAAUUAAAACAUGCAGUUCAUUACCAGUGCUUGAGGCACUAAUUUUUUGUAUUAUCAUUAUAUUAUAGUUUUUUAAUCAUUGAUUUGGCGGGUGAUCUUAUGUUUCAUUACAUGUCAAUGUUUAUAAUACAUAGCUUUAUUUUUAAUGCAAAUUUUAUAAUGAUGUUAUCUUGUUGAAAUUGGUUGUUGUCUGUCAAAUGACUGCUGUCCUAUGGUUUACCAAGGUUGUCAGUUUCAAUUACGUUUGGUAUAGUAGAUUUUAUUGUAGUAAAUCAGGAGUCAUGGUGUGCAAUUUAUGUGUGAACUAUCAAUAAACAUUAUUCAAUAGAAGUCUUAAUUAAUCCACAAACUAGGACUCUUUAGGUCACUCGGGUGACCUAUUGCAGGUCACUCGGGUCACCUAUUGCAGGUCACUCGGGUGACCUAUUGCUAUUGGACAGCAUCUGUUGUCGUGUGUUAACAAUUGUAACAUUUUUAACUUUGUGAUAACUACCCUUCCAAUUCUUUUCAAAUUUGGUAUGAGGCAUCUUUGAGAAAAGGGGACAUAAAUUGUAAAUUUCAGGACUCCUGAUGCCAUGGAGAUGGGGCAAAACUGCCAAAAAUUGACUGACUUUCAAACAUCUCCACAACCACACACCUGUGUAAGAAAAACACAUGGAGCAGGAAGGCCUCUACCAAAAUUGUAAAUUUUAUGAUUCCUGGGGCAUAUAGUGUUUGUGUGUGAAACAUUUAAAUAACAUCUUAAGUAAAGAAGCAGUUACCUCGGGACCAAUAUUGUACAUUUCCUGACUCCAUGGCAGGGAUUCUGACUCUGGGGCACUCUGGGGCAAACCCAAAAUGAUUAUAAUAGUGCUAUAGGGGGAGACAUUGUUUUUUGUACUUUUAUUUUUGCAAACAAUCUGUAUAUAUAUUAUACAUGUACAAAUAUGCAUAGCAAAGAUCAUGCAUGUUUUUUAUGAGAGACUUGUGGAAAGAUUAGGUGCCAUCUGUUCCACCAUUUUUGAAAAAUAAGAAUUUUUGUUUCAUAAGAGUUUCAAAUAGGAUAUACUGCAAAACGAAUGCUCAAUGAUUUACCCUGUACAUCUUGCUGUAUAAAUAUAGUGCUUCAAUCAGAGGAUAAGAGUAAUUUUUCUAUACAAUUGUUUUUACCUUGAAUACCUUAAAAUAAAAUAUUUGGUAAUCCAA